CUCCCAAACAGCCCGCCUUCCAAACCGGGACUCCUUUCCCUCGUCUCAAAGUCUUCCUUGUAACCCACUUCUUCAGACCUCCGUUCUCCCUCGCUUUGUCGUUCACACCCCUUCCAAAUUAACCCCGAACUCUGCACAAUAUUGGCAACCUUGACACCGCCUUCACGGAGGAGCCAGGCUUCCUUUUGGCCUGAACUCCACAGCCCUAUCAUGGAGGCUGUGUACCUGGUCGUCAAUGGGGUGGGCCUGGUGCUGGACUUGCUGACCUUGGUGUUGGAUCUCAACUUCCUGCUCGUGUCGUCCCUCCUGGCGACCUUGGCCUGGCUUUUGGCCUUCGUCUACAACCUGCCACACACAGUACUGACUAGUCUACUGCACUUGAGUCGAGGGGUCCUGGUUUCUUUGCUGGCUUUGGUGGAAGCCUUGGUCCGAUUUACCGUAGGAGGAUUGCAGGCCCUGUGUACUCUUUUCCAUAGCUGCUGCUCCAGCUUGGAGAGCUUAAAGCUACUGGGGCACCUGGCCUCUCACGGAGCUCUGAGGAGCCGGGAACUACUGAACAGGGGCAUCCUCAACGUGGUCUCCAGUGGCCAUGCUUUGUUGCGCCAGGCCUGUGACAUCUGUGCCAUUGCCAUGAGCCUGGUGGCCUAUGUGACCAACAGUCUGGUCAACAUCUGCCUCAUUGGCACGCAGAACUUCUUCUCCCUGGUGCUGGCCCUGUGGGAUGCCGUGACCGGGCCUCUGUGGAGGAUGACAGACCUGGUGGCCGCUUUCCUUGCUCACAUUUCCAGCAGUGCGGUGGCCAUGGCUAUUCUCCUGUGGACCCCCUGUCAACUAGUACUGGAGCUGUUGGCCUCAGCGGUCCGCUUCCUGGCCAGCUCUGUGCUUUUCCAUCUCACUGGUUUGGCGUUGCUGGCUUGCGUGCUGGCAGUGACUUUGGCUGUGUUGCACCCGGACCUCACCUUGCGGCUGGCCACCCGAGCUCUCAAUCAGCUUCAUGCCCGCGCAUCCUACCACCGCCUGCGAGAGGAUGUCACCAGGCUGUCUCGCCUUGUACUGAGUCUGGAGGCCUGGCACAGGAUCUGGAGCCGGAGCUUACAGCUGGCCAGCUGGCCCAAUUGGGGAGGAGCACCGGGGGCUCCCCAAGGUGGCCCCGGGAGGGUGUUUUCAGCCAGGACCCAGGGACAGGACACUCCUCCUGAAGCAGAGGAGGAGGUCGGGACCACCGGGACAGCACCUGCUAGAGGCCGGGAGAGACUCAAUGACGAUGAGCCUACAGCAGGGCAAGACCCGUGGAAGUUGCUGAAGGAACAGGAGGAGCGGAAGAAGUGUGUCAUCUGCCAGGACCAGAGCAAGACUGUGCUGCUUCUGCCCUGCCGGCACCUGUGCCUGUGCCAGGCUUGCACUGAGAUCCUCAUGCGCCACCCUGUCUACCACCGCAACUGCCCACUCUGCCGCCGUGGCAUCCUGCAGACCCUCAAUGUCUACCUCUGAAGAGUCCCUCCCUCCCGCCUGCCCGCCGCGCCCCC